UGAUUACCUCUUCUUUGAUAACACCUCAAGCAACCCUCUUCUGUCCCCUCCAAGUGUUUAUGUGAUCAUGGGAAUUCAGAAGCCUGCAUGGUUGGAAGCCCUCUACACGCAAAAAUUCUUUGCAGGUUGUUCCUAUCACGAAACAGCGAAAAAAAAUGAGAAAAACAUUUGUUGUCUGGAUUGCUGCACGAGUAUUUGCCCACAUUGUUUGCCAUCGCAUCGCUUCCAUAGGCUUCUUCAAGUUCGCCGUUAUGUAUAUCAUGAUGUUGUCCGGCUCGAAGAUCUUCAGAAACUCAUAGACUGUUCUAAUGUUCAGCCUUAUACAAUCAAUAGUGCCAAAGUGGUGUUUAUCAAGAAGAGGCCUCAAAACAGGCAAUUCAAGGGGUCUGGAAACUACUGCACUUCUUGUGAUAGAAGCCUCCAAGAACCCUUUAUCCAUUGCUCUCUGGGGUGCAAGGUGGAUUUUGUGCUGAAGCACUAUAAGGACCUCUCACCAUACCUGAGAGCAUGCAACACUUUACAACUAAGCCCUGAUUUCUUGAUCCCACAAGACAUGGGAGACGACGAGGUGACGACGGAGACACCUCAUUCAACAAUCGUGGACUGCGACGAGCCGAUGAGCUCGUCGUCGGGUUCGUCAGGGUCGGAGAACAUGAGCGUGGCAUGCACUCAGAUUGUCAGAAAGAAAAGAAGCGGGCUAUAUGUGUGUUCAAGAUCGGCUAAUUACAAUAGGGUUUCUGAUGAAGACAUGGCCACUAGCAUGAGUAGAAGAAAGGGCAUCCCUCAUAGAUCUCCUCUGUGUUAG